AUGCAGGUUGAAGUCACAUGGAACGACCUCAAGAAGACGUCUUCAAGUCUGCAGCAGAGGAGCGAAGGAGGUCUCAACAGACUGAGACAGCAGGUCUACGUCGCCUCCUGCAUGCCGUACCUGCUCGCCCACAUCCUCGAGGCCGCUCCCUCCGUCGCUCCUCCUCUCGACUCUCUCCUCACCUCCAUCGAGGAGAGCAUGUGUCAGCUGGGCUGGAGGGAGGGCGUGACUGCAGCUGGGGUAGAGCUGGAGAAGUUGAGCUUGUCAAACGAGAAGAGACUGCAAGACGUCGAUUCCUUCCUGUGCGAGGGAGUCGUCGGCGAGACGCCAGCUUGCAUCGCGGGAUGGAACUUCUGCACUCAGCUCGCGAGGCUCCACCUGCACCUUGCCGCGUGCUUCUCGAGUAUGGAGAAGGAUGAGGCGCUGGAGGAGGCAGCGAACGAUCAGCUUGUCAAGCUGGGGGAGACUCUAGAGCUUCUCUGCUCCAGGACCAUGAGCUCCUUGGAGGAGGAGGCCACCAGGAGCUCCAACUCGACUCAGCUGGGGAUGGUGGUGGGGUUGGUGGUGGAGGGCCUUGCGUUCUGGGGGAUGCGACCCUUCCUCUGGGCCGAGCUGAGCCUGAGCUGGUGGGUGGCGAAGUUGAACGCGACAGGCGGGAAGAAGAGCGAGCGGGUGGGAGCGACGCAUGCAGCGAUGAAGAAGAUGAUGAAGGCACUCGAGGCUUCAGUCGACUCCUCCCCCUCCCUCUCCGCCCACUCGGACAUCAUCUCUCCGCUCGUAGACUUCUGGAAGGAGAAGUCCAUGAAGGAGGAUACGGUUGAGAAGCAGCGACAGACCAUCAUGCAUCUUGCAAAGGAUGGAAGAGAGGCACGUUAA